GUUUUGCUGUCACUCUGUCUACUGUGUAUUCUUUUCUUUUAAUAUUUUUUUUCACAACUUUCAUAAUAAACAUUGUUCCUUGAGCGAAAAAUGCAAUCAGUUAAAUCAAAUGGCUAGUCUAAACGUUGCAGAAUGGACUCCAGAUCAAGUGGCGGAGUGGUUGUCAGGUCUUGGGCCUACGGUGGCGCGGUAUGUGCCAGGGCUGCGGGAAAAGAAAUUGGACGGCACCAAGCUGCUGAUGCUUCGGUGCGAUGACCUGGAGUACCUAGGCAUGCACAUCAUUGGCCACCAGGAGUUAUUACUUGAGGCAGUGGAACAUUUGCGGAAUUUCCAAUACGAGGCGUCGCGCGAGUGCGUGCAGCAGCUGGCCGUGCGCGUGUCGGCGCAGGCGACGACGCUGGCGCGCGCGCUGCGGCGGCAGGCGGACGCGCGGCUGGACACGCAGACGCUGGCCGACGUGGCGCGCACGGUGCACGCCGUGAAGCCGCUGGUGUGCUGGCUGGACCGCUGGCCGCCGGCCGCCGCGGCCGCCGCGGGCGCCGCGGACGCCGCGCUGCAGGAGCGCAAGGCGGCGCUGCUCAAGCUGGCGCUCGAGGCGGCCACGUGCGCGCAGCGCGACCGCUUCGCCGAGCAGCCCGCGCGCGCCGUCGCCGCCGCCGCCGCCGCCACCGCCGCCACCGCCGACUACAUCAUACAGGACGUGUCGGACCCGAUGGUGCUGCAGCCGGCGUCGCUGGACUCGGUGACGCUGCGGCAGGGCAGCCGGCCGCUCGGGUUCCACGUGCUGCCGUCGUUCUGCGGGCACCACCAGCUGGCGCACAUCCGGUUCGGGUCGCCGGCGCACGCGUCGGGCGCCGUGCACGACGGCGACGAGAUCGUGCAGGUGGGCGGGCGCUGCGUGGUGGGCUGGAGCGGCGAGGCGGUGGAGCGGCUGUGCGCGCGCGCGCCGGCCGGCGAGCUGGCGCUGCGGCUGCGGCGCCGCGCCGCGCGCCCGCCGCCCGCGCCCGCGCCGCCGCGCCUGCACCGCCGCGCGCGCCCGCCGCGCCUGCCGCACCUGCCGCACCUGCCGCACCUGCCGCACUACCACUUCGACCCGCGCCAGCACAGGUACGAAAUAUCGACGAUGCACACGGUGGCGCACGUCGCGGAGGCCGAGGCGGAGGUCGAGGCGGAGGAGGAGGAGAAGGCGGAGGAGGCGCGCGCCGACACGGCCGCCUCCUCCUCGGACGACAGCGAGCCGCUGUCGCCGCCCGCGUCGCCCACGCUGCACCUCUCGCACACCAGAAUGUACCCGCCGAAGCCGUGCGCGGCGGUGCAGCGGCGGCACACGGUGUGCGGCGGCAGCCCCGAGUGGCCGCUGGGCCGCGUGUGGCGCCCGCUGCGGCCCGCGCCCGCGCCCGGCCUCGAGCCCGACCUGGCCGCGCUCUACCGCCGCGACAAGGCGGUGUCGUACAGCACGGGGCUGGAACUGUCGCCGCGGCCGCGCACGUGCCUGGGCGUGCUGGCGGCGCCGUCGCCCGCGCCGUCGCCGCCGCCGUCGCCCGCCGCCGCCGCCGCCGCCGCCGCCCUGGACAAGAGCCACUCGACGCCGGCCUACGACUUCGGCGGCGCGGCGCCGGACGCGCGCCCGCUGCACGCGCAGCCCAUCCCGGAGUCGCCCACCUCGCCCGCCGACAGUCCAACGAUACUAAUUCACUCGGCGGAGAAAGCGGAUCAGAUCCUGGACUUCAAGAAAUCUAGCUCCCAGAUCGGGGAGGCUAUUCUGCAGCAGCAGAGUCGCCGCGCCGAUCCGGUCGCCCACACGGAACACACGGACGGCGAGUGUUCGGACACGCAGCGCGUGCUGGAGACCGUCAACAUCGCCGCCAUGGAGCACCGCCGCCGCUCGCUGCACGACGCCCGGCUCGCAGCCGCUGCCGCCGCCACCACCACCACCACCACCGCUGCCACCAUCGUCACCACCACCACCGCCACCACUGCUGCCACCAUCGUCACUACCACCGCCACCACCGCCACCGACGGUGCCGCCGCGCACAGGCCAAGUCGGGCGGCGGGCGCUAGUCAACGCGCGCCGGCGCCGCCGCCGCGGCCCGCCGCUACGUUACGUGGCCCGCCUCCGCCGCCGGCGUCGACUGCGCCGACUGCGCCGACUGCGCCGACCGCGCCGUCCGCGCCGGUCGCGCCGACCACGCCGGCCGUUCCGGCCACUACAUACCCGGUGCUGCGCGCUGUGCCGCAGCAGCCCGCGCAGGACUAUUCGCCGUUCAAGCUCGCGAGGCCGAUUGACGCUAACCAGAUAUCCCUCCCGCUUCGCCACAUUACAAAGCACGAUAUUAAAGUGAUACCGAGCGAGCGGCGGGAAUUGCCGCCCAUCAACGCCGAGCCGGAGCCCCCAGCGGCGGCGCCGGGCUCGCCGGCAGGGGGCGGCGGCGGCGGCGGCGGCGGCUCGGUCGCGGCGGUGGCGGCGGUGGCGGCGGGGGGCGGGGGCGGCGGGCCGCGGCGGGACGGGGACGUGGUGCUGCCCGCGGCCGCGUCCGCGUCCUCGCCCUCCACCGCCUCCGUCAAAAGUAUUUUUCCGUCUUCCAAAUCUAGAAGCCUCAAGAAAAAGAGCUCCAUACUUGCCAGGCGGCGCGCGGUGCCGGCGCGGGCGCUGGCGGCGCGGGGCGCGGCGGGGGGCGUGUGGCAGCGGGUGCGGGCGCGGGGGGCGGCGGCGCCGCGCUGGGCACGCCGCCAUCUGCUGCUGACGCACAACCUGCUCUACGCCUACAGGUCGCCGGACUGCUUGCGCGCGGACUGCAUGAUCUACCUGGAGGGGUUCACGGUGUGCGCGGCGGGCGAGGUGAAGUCCCGCGAGCACGCGUUCAAGGUGUACCACACGGGCACCGCCUUCUACUUCGCCGCCGACUCGCACGACGCGCUGCUCACGUGGCUGCAGCUCAUACACCGCGCCACGCUGCUGCCGCCGCUUGCGCACCCGCAGAUGGACAUUUCGAAACGAUUCUCCGAGACUGAUUAUUCUGAGACAGAAUCGGACAACGAGAGUCCAGAGAAACGUAAUGAGCGCGAAAAGGAGAAGGAGAAAGAGAAGGACAAGUCCAAGUUCGGGUCGCUAAAGAAGCUGACAGGACGCAUGCAACGCAGCGAGUCGCAGGAGACAGUGAGCCACUCGUCCACCAGCCUCGACAGGAAGUACUUGCGCUUCUUCUCCAGGAACAGGAGCAGGGACGACCCUAAGCCUGCCAAGAGCAAGCAGACGGGUGUGCCAGUGCCGACCGAGCACUACCGCAGUUACCGCCGCGCGCCGCCCGCCGAGCAGGCUCGCGAGCAGGCUCGUGAGCCGGCGCGCGAACCACCACUCGAGCCCGACGUCGAGCGAGCCGCCAAGAAGAUCCCCAAGCCGAUCAACUACAUACACGCAUCCAACCCGAACUUACUAGACUUUGAGAAGAGCGAUUUUGUGACCAAGCCUACGUUGCAGGUACCGAAGCCGAAAGUGCAGAAGGCCGAGAACCUGAUGGGGUUCGUAACGCUGGAGGAGUUCAUGCUGAAGAAACAGGAGGAGGAGCGGCGGCAGGUGUACAGCAACCGCGUGCUGAUGGGCGUGGAGCGGGGCCGGGACCUGCAGUGCCGCCUCGACCGCAUCGUGCCCGACGUCAUCUACGGCGAGCUGCAGGGCCGCAGUCCGGAAGAGCAGAGCUCCUCCGCUGGGAGUCGCGACGGGAAACCGAUUUCUGUCAAGGGAAAAGAUGGGUACGAGCGGCUGGUGUGGCCGGCGGACGCCUGGCGCCACUCGCUGCGACGCUGCCACAAGGUGCACAGUGAAAGCGGAACCGAAUCACCGGCACAAUCGCCUGACAGCUGGGCUCGUGGCCGGCAGCCGGAGGCGGGCAGCGCGAGCGGCGGCGGCGGCGGUGGUGCUGGUGGCGGCGGUAGUGGCGGUAGUGGCGGUAGUGGCGGUAGUGGCGGUAGUGGCGGUAGUGGCGGUAGUAGUGGGACGGCGGGCGUGCGGCGGCUGCGGCAGGUGUUCGCGGCGCGGCCGCAGUACCCGCACCUGCAGUGCCCGCCCACCUUCCAGCCAGAGACGUACUCGCUGGCACGCCUCGCGCCGCCAGCACAGCCAGCACCAGCACCACCAGCACCAGCACCACCAGCACCGCCAGCACCAGCACCGCCGGCGCCGCCCCGCCGCCAGCCGUGACACGCGCCCGGUGGACCAGCACGUGCGAUCACUCAUAGUUUUACAUAUUUAAACAUUUAUCGACAUUCAACGAGAAUGUGCGACGUAAAGUGACAGUUUUAUCUGCUCCAAAUAAAAGGUAGGAGAAUAAAAAAUCAGUUGUGUCACCCUCGCACUUCUACCAGUAGAAGAAUGCAGUAGGAGUAAAAGAACAUGCCAAAUGUGCAUUCCGUAUGCUAGUAACUGUACGAAGAAUAUAUUAAAGGAAUAUUUCCAAGAAAAUCUUAGACAGAUGGUAACUGUAACUUUUUGAAUACAUUUCUAUCUUGUCAAUAUUUUACAUUUUACAUGAACUCUUCGCCAAAUUUCAGAAGCAAUAUAUAACUUAGAAAAAAAAAUACUUGUUUUAUAUAUUUUGCUUUUUUUUGUAUAUACAUUUUUUUAUCUCUUUUAACUAGAUAUGUCCAUAUAAUUUAAGAUUUCAUAUAUAUAUAGUAUCUAUCAAUACUAACGAAGUGUCAAAAAUUUAGAUUGGCAACAAAUAUCGUAUAAUUUUCAGGUGUUACAAAUGUUAAAAUAACUACACCACGAACUUUAAUAACUCUCGCUUAUUUAUUACUUAUACUAAUUAUGUAAAAAUUAAAAUAUUUUCUCAAAUUUUUUAUAAUCCACGACCUGAGUAGCGCUGCGUUAAUAAAUCUUGUAAUAUAUCAUUUACUGUUACAUAUCAAGUCACGAGUAUACUCCACACUUCCAUUAUAUACCAACUGCACACACAUUACUUUGUAAGCAAAAAGAGAAAAGAAAUGUGACAGUGGAAUGAAAAAGAGAUGCACUCCGUCUGGCCGUAUACAAUACACUAUAUGCCCGCACACGUCUGUUACUUCAUAGGCUAAAAUGGAAAGCUUACAAAUUUCUAAAAAAAAAAAAAUUGUUUCACCUCCAGGUGUCAUUUUAGGCGUAGUUGUGACUUAUGUACCAUAUUUUGGUUUUAUUAUAAUAUUGCCUGUAAACAGCUAUACUAAUAUAUGCUUUUUUAUCGUUUUUAAAUACGAUAUAUAUAUGUUAUAUAUAUACACAAAUAAAUAUAAUAUAAAUUAUUCGUCAGUCCGUCAGUGUAGCAACUGUAAUACAAUACUCGUUUUGUUUGUAAAAGGUUGUGAUUUUUAAAAACGAUCGAAUUUUAUACUUUUUCAACUAAUUUGAAAGUAAUCAACGACGAAGUACAAUAAUUGUUAUGAAAAAAAAAAGGAGACAAAUAUAUAAAAUAUAUUAAACAUGUAUUGUUUUGGAAAAAAAAUGUGUAAAUAUUGCGAAAUUUAAUGUAAUAUGUAUUUUAAAUUAUAAACAUAUAUCGUGAAGUCCACGAACGAUUUAUAAUAAGUUAAACCAGCCACUGUAUAGAGGAACGUACAGUAAGCGUUACCACUAAUGUAUAUUGAUAACAGAGAGGGAGACUUUGUACAAAAGUCGAUUGCUUGGGUACCUCUGUCCCAUUCGUGUUUCAACCGUGAAGCAGUUGUGUUUGCAUGGCUGUGUUUCGGUUUGAAGGGUGGGAUAUGGCGUGAAUUUACAGGGUCCAGAGGAAUAACACCUGAGUCCUCAGGAAUGGCAACGCAUGGGGGGUAUCAUGGGCGAAACAGUAUACUCUGUUACGUCCAUGGUACUGCUCAUGUCUAUAGGCGACGGUUACCACUUUCCAUCAGGUGUGCCGUCAGCUUGUUUGCUAUUCUAUGUUGUAUAAAAAAUGUAUACUCAAUACGUAUGUAGUGUAAAGUAAAUAAUACGUACUAUGAACACGGUGGUGCUUGCUCAUUAUAUUGUACCUAUUUUAAUAGACGUGUAUCUUUAAUUGUGGAAUAAAUUAGUGUUAUAAAGUAUUAUGAUUAAAAUCAUAUUGCAAAUAGUAGAACUGUACGGACCUAAGAACAAGGAAUUACAUAGAAGAGUGAUAAAACUGCCAAUUCGUAGUAGGCCAGUGUAAAGAAAAUGUUAUACGGCCGUAUAGCCCUACCAAAUUCAGAUACAACCUGCUCGCAUACUGUCUACAUAAACUGUGUCGAAUAUAUAAUCUAGUAAUGUAAAAUUUGACAUUGACAAAUAAUUGACAUAUCAAACAUUUUCUUAUACGCUAGCCUGCUAUGAAGUGAGAAAUAGCAACUGAUGGUGUAUCUUUCGUCCUCUUUUUACUAAUUGUAUUUGCAUAAGAAGAGAGGAGACAACCGUAUGAUUUACGGUUUUUAUUUUAUCAUUUCUUCUAUGUAAUUCCUUGUUCUUAGGUACGGGCAGAAAGUCCGUUUCGUUCUACUGCCUGUAGUGUGAUAGAAACUAUAUCGUAGAACUGUACGGAUAUAAUAGAAAAAUACAUCGUAUGUGCAAUGAUGACGGUAUACGAUGCGAAAUAAGAGACCCUGCGUGGGCGCAAUAGAAAAAAAAAACAUAAAGAUUAAAUAAAACGUCUGGAAAAUUGUAAUUUGUGUAAAAUUGUAAAUUGCCGCUGUUCAACCCUGAUGUGGAUCUUGAGGAAUUACUUGAUCUAUUUAAUUAAUUUUGUGAUAAAUAAAAAACGUUGUCCUGGUAGAAAAAUAUUCUUAGUGAGAAUGAACUUUUUCUGUUAUUUUUGGUCACCAUGGCAAUGCGUGCAUUUCUCAGUUGCCUGUGUACAUAUAUGUAUAUAUGUGUGUGUAUAUAUAUAUAUAUAUAUAUAUAUAUAUAUAUAUAUAUAUAUAUAUAUAUACAUAUAUGGUAUGGUAUAUAUGAAUGACAAGUUGAAACUUGAAUGAGUCUGCAUGAAGGUAUCUAUCGUGACCCGUGUUCGUGGGAGUGUAAACGAGAAACGUCCAGUAUUACGUACAAUAAUUUAGUUAUAUAUAUAUUAUUUAAACUCAAUAAGUAUAAAAAAUGUUUCAGCCAAUUCGACUGAUCGGUUAUUUUAUAGCAUUUUAUAUGUGAUUCCUUAGAUUGAUGUAACUUUUUUAUUUAUGAAUCGAUUGCAAUAAAACAAACACUAUGUGAAUGUGAAUGUGAAAAAGACUCUAUUUUCCUCGCUUAGCCUAAAAAAAUAAGCACUAAAUGUUGAGGGAAGCAAACCGCAACACAUUAGUGAAAACCGCAUUCAAUUUGGUUAAGCCGUUACUAAGAUUAGCGUGCACAAACGUAUAGACAUACAGACAUACAGACAAACGGAUGAAAAUUCUAAAAAUCCCUAUAAUAGUUUUUCUUGUAUAUUUUCCAUGUACAGACAGCGAUCAGUUUUGAUUUUGUUAUAUGUAUUGAUUGAUAACGCAAUAUCUGUAGCCACUAUUGCACCAUGUGACGCGACACUCUUAAACAGCUGUUAAAAAUUAUGUAGUUAACUGAUCCCACCUUCAGGGAGUGAAAAAAUGAGGAAAUAUAUUUCCUCACGCAGCUCUCACCUCCUCUAAUGGGGUACAUAAAUAAUAGGUAAUGGAUGGAUAAACAAUGCCAUACUAGCUACGCCUGCGACUUUGUCCGUUACUCAUAUGUAGCGUAUCUCCUACUACGGGCCAAAUAGGUAUAUGCCAAAUAGGUAUAUGCCAAAUUUUAUGACAGUUAGAGUCGAGUUGAGGAGGACGUAACAAACAAACAAACUCACAUUCACAUUAGUAAUAUCAGAUGGGGAAACAAUGAUAACGGUUUAUAUUGUAAUUUUGAAUAGAUUGUGCCUUCAAAUAUUCCGUAUGUAUUAUUUUUAUGGAAAUUAUCUGGCUUUCGUAUUUUAUUAAAAAAAAAAAAGAAGGAAAACCAUUUUUACAAAGCUACAAUAUAUACAUUUUUUUAUACCACGAAAUUGGCAAAUAGGCAUGCAAUCUGUCUGAUGGUAAACAGUCACUGUAGCCUAUGGACGCCUGCGACAGUAGGGGUGUCACGUGCACGUUGUCCACCCUGAAGAAACCUUAACGUACCCUUUUUGAAGAACUCCAUGCUGCAGUCUCUAAGCAAAACCUCGGCAGGGAGCUCAAUCCACAACUGGAACUUUCGCGGGUGAAAACUCCUCCGAAACCGCCCUUUAUACAGCCAUAUAUAAAUGAUAAUUCUGCGCCGCGUUGUGAGGUUUUUUUUAAUGGAUGAUAAUGGAAUGGUAACCCUGCCUUCGCUAACGGCAUGCGCUGGCGGGGCACCAGUGAGCGAUGACAGAUGAGAAUGAAAAGACAGGCCAGUUAGUCUAUCGUGAUGAAUUCACCUGGAAUUCAGCACAGUGGUUUCAAGGAGGGACCACGGGCUGGUUGGCCAGGUUGGGCAUAUUGGUAGCAAUGGAAAGGGAUUGUUAGUAAUUGGGUUUAAAUACCCCAUUGCUAGCAAUAUACACUAACAGGUCGACCUCCACGUGGUUCCCCCUGGAAACCAUCGUGGUUAAUUCUAGUCCAUGGAAUUAUCACGAUUGCCUUACUGACCUGCCUUUUCAUCCUCACCAAUCAUCCCUCACUGGUGCCCCGCCAGUGUAUAUUGAUAGCGCAGGUAGGGUGACCAUUGCAUUAUCACCCGUUAAAAAAGGUAGCAAUGGGACUGGUACUCCACGUUACUAAUAAUCCCUCCCCCCCUGCGUUGUGAGGUAUUGGCAAGGAUAACAUGCAAACCUACUAGCCGACUCGAUAUAUGAUUAUAUGUAAUAUUAUAUUGGCGCUGUGCUCAACGAUUCUACAUAUAUACAUAUAGUACCCUAGUUUAUAUAAUUGAUUGCCAAUAAAUGCUAAUUGUUACAAUAAAUUCUAUUUUUAUGAAUAUUAUAUAUGAAUUAUAACUAUCAUGUUAUCCAAUGUUAUGUAUAGGCAGACAACGAGAAUGUAUGUAUAUUAAUAAUAAAACGGUAUAGGUGCUGACUUAGAAAUGUGAACACUAUUGUCUUUGUAUUAGAGUCUAAAAUCUUAUGAUUGGUUAUUAAGCGCCUCUAGCGGGCAGUGUUUGAAAUACAUUACUCUAAAAAACUAAUCCCCUUAUUCAUAAAAACGUUAAAUCUCUUAUAAACGAAUAGUACGAUGGGCUUAACAGAGUAUACUGUGUCGCUCAUGGGGUAUCCCUCAUUACGGACAUGUGUUAUGCCUCUGUACCUUAUAAUUUAAUUGCCAUAUUGCACCUUUCAAACCUAAGUUUGUAGUGAGAUUCCAGUUUUCAUGAAUAAGGUUGUAAAAAUUCAGCCAAUUAGGUAGCUAACCAUUAAAAAUAGGUAAUUAAAUGUAUGGUAAAUUAUUUAUACGUAAAUACUCGUAAUUUUGAAAUAAAACAAUGCAAUUGAUAAUUGCUAAUAACUAUUCAAUUUGUUCCUAUCUCAUUUGAAUUAGGGGUAGACAUAAUAGUUUUGUUUACUUCAUUGUGUUUGUACACAACUUGGAGGCACUUGGGAUGUCUAUACAUUGUUUUAUAAAUUGAAAUAAUUGUAUCAACUUCAAACUUCUAGUUCUAAUAGAAGCUUAACACAGAUCGUAUGGUGUACUCUUGAGGUAUUCACCGUUACUGUGUUACAUUAUCACAUUUAACUGCAAUGUUUUAGUGGUUAAACUUGAUAAUUUGACAAUAAUUCAAUGAUUUAUAAUAUAAACUUGGCCCCUACAUGUUUUUAUUGUGAUACGUUCUUUAGACCGUCAUGGGGAUGAGAAAGAAUGGGAAGAAUCCUAUUUUUUUCAUAAACACCGUAAGCAGUUUAU